CACUUCCGGGAAAACAAAAAAACGUGAAUCUUGAAUCUUUGAGGAUGGGUGCUACUUUUAUCAUUUUAGGUACAUCAAUACUUGCUAUUUUUUUGGCUGGAUACUUUGCUCAGCAUUAUUUGCCCCCACCGAAACCAAAGAUAGUUGGUAUAGAUCUUGGUACUACAUAUUCAUGUGUUGGUGUAUAUCAUGCAGUCAGUGGUAAGGUGGAUAUCCUAGAAGCACAAGAUGGACAUAAAUGCAUCCCUAGUGUUGUAGCAUAUAGCAAUGAUGGAAUACUUGUGGGAUAUAAAGCAGUAGCUCAGUCAGAACAUAAUCCUAGAAAUACCAUCUACGAUGCCAAGCGUUUUAUUGGUAAAGUAUUCAGUAAGGAAGAGUUACAGGAAUUACAGAAAACCUAUCCUUUUGAGUUGGAAGCAGAUGAACAUGGAAUGAUACGAUAUGUUUUAUCAGUCAAUAACACAGAAAAAAGGGUUAGACCAGAGGAUAUAGGAUCCACGAUAAUAGAAUUUCUAAAAAAUGCUGCAGUCCAGAAUCUGACAUCUCCAGUUACUAAAGUAGUUAUGUCAGUACCAGCUGAGUUUGAUCAGCUUCAGAGAAAUUAUACCAGGAAGGCGGCUAAUAAUGCUGGUUUAGAGGUAUUUAGAAUAAUAAAUGAGCCAACAGCAGCAGCAUUAGCUUAUGGACUGCACACUAAACCAAGUCUUAGUAAUGUUUUAGUGAUAGAUCUUGGUGGUGGUACGUUGGAUGUAUCAUUACUCAAUGUUCAGGGAGGAAUGUUUCUAACACAGGGUAUGGCUGGUAACAAUAUACUAGGUGGAGAGGAUUUCAAUGAGAGACUUCAUUCUUAUUUAAAGACUGUGAUAGAAAAACGACACAAACAGUCACUGACUGACAAGGAAGAUCUACAGACAUUACGUUUAGCAGUGGAAGAUGCUAAAAUAAAUCUCACAUCAUCUGACCACACAUUUCUUAGUAUACAUUUGCAUUCUUUAGGUAAAAAUUCAUUAUUUCAAGAAAGGAUAACUAGAUCUAAAUUUGAAGAAUUAAACAAUGAUCUUUUCAAAAAGGUGAUAGAUCCUAUACAGACAGUUUUAAAGGCUACUAAUCUACCUCCUGAAGAAAUAGAUGAAAUAGUGUUAGUAGGUGGGUCAACUAGAAUUCCAAAGGUUAGGCAGUUGAUACAUAAAUUUUUCAACAAGAAACCGAACACAAAUAUAGACCCUGAACUGGCAGUGGCAAUGGGUGUGUCUGUACAGGCUGGUAUUAUUGGAGGAAUGUGGCCAUUGACUGUCAGUGCAGUAGAACUACCUACCAGAGUCAAGAAAAUACAAAUUAACUGAUCAUUAUUAUUUAGUUUUUAAAUG